AUGAAAACACGUACUAAAUUUGAUUUAAAUAAUACAUUAACAGCUGCUCUUCAUUUUACAUCUUGCCGUCGAAAAUCAACAAAACAAAAACAAGAAUCAUCUGUUUCACUAAAAUCAAAUUCUUUACCUACUUCUGAUAGUUUUCCUCAAUAUUCAAAAUUAUUUCCGAUAAUGUCCGAAUCAGAUGAUCUUUUGGAAUUAGAACAAAUACAACUUAAACAAUUACAACUUGAAACUAAAAUUUUAUCGAAAAUUCCUAUAUUUAAAUCAUCACAAGAAUCUAAUGUUACUGAAUUUCUUACUCCAGCUGAUGAUACAUUCAGCAAAUUGAAAUAUUCUGAUCAUAUUCGACUUAAAAAAAUUGAAGAAAAAUUAGAUGCUUCAUUACAGUCGUGGUUUACCAACUUUAAAAAGUAUGGUAUUUUCACAUGGAAUGGUUUUAAAAAUGAAUUACAAAAUUGUCUAUCAUCAACUUCAUCAUCAUCAUCAAACACAAUAAUUGAUAGUAAAACAUAUGAAACUGAAACACGUCAUCAAAGUAAUUUUGAUAAAACAGCAUUAUUAUUGGAUGUACUUCGUAAAGAUAUACUUCAUUUUUCUAGUGAUGGAAAUGCUCGUCAAUGGUUUUUACACAUUGAUGCAAAAUUUUCUGAAUUACAAUUAUUAUUCCAAGAUCGAAUUGAAAUUUUGCCAUAUUUUUUUAUUGGUGAAACAAUUAUUUGGUACAGUUUAAAUAAAAAUAAAAUACGAUGCUAUACUGAUUUUUGUCAAUUAUUUGCACUUGAAUAUUUUCCAAAGGAAUAUUCAAUCGAUUGUUGUAUUUCAGUGGAACAAAAAAAUAAUUCAUCAUUACCUUCACCUCUUGUUGUUAAUGAACAUUUCGUUCAUCAUCCUACCGGUGGUGCAAAUGUUAAAACAACAUCAGCUGAUUGUCAUAGUGUAACAUCAUCUGAUUCAAAAAAUGUUCUUUCAUCUACAUCUAUUUUAUCUCUAACUAUAUCUAAAGCAUUGAUCGAUCGGUUCGUUAAAGAUCCUAUUAAAUUCUAUGGAGGAAAAGAUAAUGUAAUUACCUGGCUUGAUGUAAUCGAACAACAAUUUAAAAUUAUGAAUUUGAGUGAGUCAGAUAAAUUAAAUUUAAUUCAUAUAUGUCUUAAGGGAGAAGCACAUCAAUGGUAUAAACAAAAUAAAGAACAAUUUACUUCCUGGUCGAUAUUUGUUACUGAUAUAACAAAAUCAUUUACGUCGUCUUUACAACGUGAUUUAGCAUUCAAAAAAUUAAAACAAUAUCACCAGACAUUACAUCAAUCUGUGACACAAUAUUAUUCCGAAAUGAUUAAGUUAAUGAAGCAAACAGAUCCUCAAAUGAAUAAAUCAACUAAAGUACAAUACCUUAUGAAUGGACUUCGACCAUCCUUAUCAACUGAAACAAGAAGAAAUUAUCCAACGACUACACAAAAUUUUUUAGAACGAGCUAAAAUCGCCGAAGAACUUACUGCAUUAAAUACCACCAAUACAUCCGAUUCAAUAAUUGAUGAUGAUUUUACAUCACCUGCUUCUUUGUUACAUUCAAAUUCAUCUAAUUCAACGUCAAGAAAUAAUUCCAACAUUUAUUCUCGAAAUUCAAAUAGUGAUAACCAUCAUUAUAAUAAUAUUAAUUUAUCUAAUUCUUCGAAUCAACCACGUUAUAUUAAUAGAAUUUACGACCAAACACCUUAUAAUUCACAUAAAGGUAUUGAACUUUCUCAUUUAUCUAAUACAGGAACUAGUAUUCAAUCAUCACAAAAUUCUCAGCAACCACAGCAACAUUAUAAUAAUAGUCAUAGAAAUAAUUUUCAACAAUAUCAACAGUCAUCAUUUCAACAAUGUUUUAAAUGUGGAUCUUUAGCUCAUCAAGCACGCCAUUGUCACCAUUUCGAAAAGCGGAGUCAAUGA